AUGGAUAUCCCUAAUGAUGCUUCAUGGACAAUGAGAAUGUUGUUGAAUCUCAGAAGUGUGGCGCAACCUCUGAUUCAGUACUUGAUUGGCAAUGGACAAGGUACCUUUCUUUGGCUUGAAAACUGGCAUCCCCUCGGACCUCUUUUUAAUAAAUUUGGCGAGAAUAUUGUAUAUAAUCUUGGUAGAUCUUUGAACUCUAAAGUCUCCUCAAUUAUUCAUGACGGGGUGUGGAGGUGGCCUAGACAAAGGAAUAGGGCCACUCAGUUUAUCAUAGAGCAUACACCUGCUGAUUUUAAACCAAUUUGUGAUAGGCUGGAUUCAGUUGUGUGGAUCCCUCAUCUAGCUGGUUUUACUGUGUCUUCUGCUUGGGAGGCGAUUCGGCUUAAAUUUCCUAUUCAGCCUUGGUCAAGCAUAGUUUGGUAUAGUAAGAAUGUGCCUCACUGGGCUUUCAUUCUGUGGCUAGUUGUGCUUCAUAGACUAAGUACAAAGGAUAGGUUAUUGAGUUGGGGGAUGAAUGUAGAGGAUGGUUGUGUUCUCUGUAACAAUGGCCAAGAGUCUCAUGAACAUCUGUUUUUUCAUUGUGUUUUUUCUCAAUCAGUUUGGGGUGCUAUUUGGCAACGAUGUUCUAUGGCUCAAAUCCGUUCUUCCUUGUCUGAUAUGAUUACUUGGUAUAUCCAGAAUGCUAAAGGGUCUAGUUUUAAAUGCUGGCUUUUGAAGAGUGUGCUAGCUGCUUGUGUCUACAACUUGUGGAUAGAACGUAAUCUACGGAUUUUUCAGCACAAGUUUUCUCCUAUUGAUCAGGUUAUACUUAAGACUGUAACUUCUAUUCGGGAAUUAGUGCACUCAAAAACGGGGGUUAAACAAUCCCAAAAGAACAUGGAGUUAUGUUGUAAUUGGGGGCUCUCAAAUAGGAUUUUUACUCCAUCAGUUUUGUAUAGGCAAAAUCUCUAA